UUCAAGCCUCAAAGCUGGCGGUUGUGUGACCGCUGUUUUCGUGAUCUAUAAAAGUGAAUUAAUUUGAGCCAUGCUGCGUCUCAGUCUUGGAUUGCUGCUUUUGUGGGCGGUGGUCGCCCUGGGGAACGACAAUCUUCGCGUGGCCUACGAGUGGCAGGAAAUGGACUUCCAGUACGCCAGUUCGGAACAGAGAUGGACGGCCAUCGAGAAGGGCGAGUUCAAGCCGGCCAAUGUGAUACCCUUUGGCCUGGAGGUCGCCGGCCACCGACUCUUUGUCACUUUGCCCAGAUGGCGGGCCGGAGUGCCGGCCUCGUUGGCCUACCUUGAUCUUAAUGAUACUUCCACCAAGAGCCCCGUGUUGAAGCCCUUCCCCAGCUGGCAGGCUCACAAUCUGCUAGAAGCCGAACCGGAGUUGGUUUCUCCUUUCAGAGUGCGAGCCGAUCGCUGUGGACGUCUCUGGGUGCUGGAUUCUCGGAUCUCUGGAGUUCUGGAGAAGACCCAGAUCUAUGGAACAGCCCAGCUGCUGGUCUACGAUCUGCACAAUGAUGAUCUGCUGAGGCGUCACGUUCUUCCCGCCGGUCAAUUGAAGCAGGGAUCUUUGUUGGCCAAUCUGGCAGUGGAGGACUCUGAUUGUGAGAACACCUUCGCCUAUGCUGCCGAUUUGGGCAGUCCUGGUUUGGUGGUGUACUCUUGGAAAAACCAGGAAUCGUGGCGAGUGCAGCACCAUUUCUUCCACCCGGAUCCGAUGGCUGGCAACUUCAGCAUCAAAGACAUUGAAUUCCAGUGGGAUGAUGGUCUAUAUGGGCUGGCUUUGUCGAAACCCUUGGAAACGGGCUACUCAACAUUGUACUUCCAUCCCCUCUGCUCCACCAUGGAGUUCUCUGUGGACACUGGGAUACUGCGAAACAAAACCCUGGCCACUUCGACGAUGAUCUAUCGGGAGUUCAAGGUGCUGGGCUCGAGAGGCCCAAACACUCAGGCUGGAGCCGAGUUUUUGGAUCCGGAGACCGGUGUCCUUUUCUACGCCCUGCCCAAUCUCAAUGAGGUCGCCUGCUGGCGCACGGCCACCGACUUUAGCCAUAGCUCUCAGAGUCGCAUCUUCAGGAGCAAUGACACAUUGAUUUUCCCCAGUGACGUCAAGGUUGAUGACCAGAAGCGUCUAUGGGUACUUUCCAAUAAGCUACCCGUCUUCAUUUACGAUGAAUUGUAUGCCGGUUCCAUCAAUUUUCGCAUUUUAACUGCCAGUGUUCAAGACGCUAUUAAGAACACCGCUUGUGAAAUUAGAACUUCCCCUCUGCCGGAUGUAAUUAACAGGCUUGGGGACAUACUAAACACUAAUAUCAAGGUGAAGGCGAAUUCGGCUGCUUCUUUGAGUAACUUGAGCUCAUUGAUAAUUGUUGGUUUGUGUUUGCUGAUAAGCUACAGGAUCUAAAUCCCCAAUACUGUACAAAAGAAUUAACUUAGUAACUUUUCCGAGAUUCUGUAACUCAAACUAUUUUUUAAAACACCGAAAAUGAACAAGUUUCUAAAUAUGAAAACCUUAUUAUCAAAACAAGAAAGGAAAGCUAACUUCGGGCGGAGCCGAAGUUGAUAUACCCUUGCAGAAUACUCUGUAAAUUAUAU